GCUAAGGGACGGAAGGGUGGGGGCGGGGCGAGUAACCCGCGGAGCCGGAAGAGAGAGGAAAGGAGAUGAGGUAGAGAUGGGGUUUCAUCAUGUUGGCCAGGCUGGUCUCGAACUUCUGACCUCAAGUGAUCUGCCUGCCUUGGCCUCCCAAAGUGCUGGGAUUACAGGUGUGAGCCACCAUACCCAGCCUGAUGGCAUUUUGAAGAAUCAAUAUUUGAGGAAUGAGGAGGAAGCUUUGGGGCAGGCAAACUAGGGGGUUGUAUAGAGCAGUAACCCAAAGGAUGGUAAGUGACAACCUGAAGGUCUGAAGAAGGAUGCUGGCAAUGGAAAUCAAAGCAAGGAUAACAAAGGGAUUUACUGACUGACAAUGGCAGAAAAAAUCUUAAAGAAGUUAGAUGUCCUUGAUAAGCAAGCAGAGAUAAUCUUGGCCAGAAGAGCAAAGAUAAACAGGCUUCAGAAUGAAGGAAGAAAAACAACUAUGGCUAUACCCCUGACAUUUGAUUUUCAGUUGGAAUUUGAAAAGGAUAGUGCUAUCUCCACAUCUAAGGAAAUAUCAAAGAUCAGAGAAGACAAGUCAUGUGGCAUUACAAAGUCAAAAAUGGACAUGGAUGAAUCUGGAGAACACCAUUCUCAGCAAACUGACACAAGAACAGAAAAUGAAAUACCGCAUAUUCUCACUCAUAGGCAUGCCUCUUUCAAAUGUGAGCCUGAACCUAGAAAGAGUGACUUUGAAAAGUCAAAUUUAAGACCAUUCUUUGUUGAAACAAAUAUAAAAAAUCAAGAAAGUAAGUCAACAGAGCCAGUAGAAGAAAAUCUAAAAUCAAGAUCUAUUAGACCCUAUCUUUAUCUUAAGGAUACAACAGAGAUGGAAAAUGCAGGGCCUUCGAAUGUUCUAUAUUCACGGCAUAGACAAGCAUGUAGAAGAUCACUGGGUUCUACAGACUUUUCUCCUACAUUCAACAUUCAGUCUAAUGCUCAUGAAAAGGAAAAAGACUCUACUUUAUUUACAGCUCAAAUUGAAAAAAAGCCUAGGAAACCAUUGGAUUCUGUUAAUCACUUAAGAGAUGAUAGAAAUAAAAGAAAAAACUCUCCACAGAUGAAUGAUUUUAAUAUAAAAGAAAACAAAUUGCUCAGAAAUGAUCGAUUAAGUAAGUAUUGGUCAGCAAGAAAGAAGAGCUUGCUCCCGUUGUGCUUUGAGGAUGAACUGAAAAAUCCACAUGCCAAGAUAAUCGACGUUAGUCCAACAAAGACAGUAACUUCUCACAUGGAACAAAAGGAUACAAAUCCCAUAAUUUUCCAUGACACAGAAUCUGUACGAAUGUUACUUUUGACGAAAAAAAGAUUUUCUUCUCAUCCUUUAGAAAAUGAAAACAUUUACCGUAAAGGAACAAACUUUGUUUUAGAAAAAAAUUGUGAAAUCUACAAAUCUAUAAUUGGCGAUCAAUCUAUUUCUCUUUUCAAACCCCAAAAAACUAUGCCUACAGCACAGAGAAAAGCUAUACAGAUCCCCAUGUCUUUUAAAGCAGACCACACAAUUGUAGAUGAUAAACUAAAGAAGAAAACUAAUAGGCAGACACUAGAAAACAGAUCUUGGAAUACACUCUAUAAUUUCUCACAGAAUUUUUCUAGCCUAACAAAACAAUUUGUGGGUUACCUUGAUAAAGCUGUUAUUCAAGAAAUGAGUGUCCAAACUGGAAAAUUUGAAAGAAUGUUUUCUACAGAAAAACUAAUGAGCAUACCUACAUUCAGUGCCUCACCUGACAAAUGUUACUCAAACCCUUUUAAAAAUAUACAUAAAUUAAAUAAUGUAACACCACUGGAUAAUUUGUUAAACUUGUCAAGUAAAAUUUUAGAUGCCUCAUAAAAUACCGUGUAUGCAGCAAUAUUUGAGUAACAAGAAGCAAAUAUCCAAAUUCCAAAAUUAUAAAAGAAAUUCUUCUCCAGAUAGUAAUGUCCUAAUUGAUUAUAUAAGAGAGCAAAACAUAGAAAUUAGAAUUACAAGCCAGCAGUGGUCUGUUCAAAAACAAUAAACAGUUUUAGUAAAUAAUAGAACAAAAUUAGAAAUAAGUAUUACCAAGAGGAUCUAGUUUGUGACUUUCUAUUAUCUCAGUUAGAUUGCUCAACCAUCAGCCUUCCUACACUAAAGUCUGACUCAUGACCAAGAACGGCAUAGACUGACUCUGGAAAUGCGCUGUUGAAAGCUACAUAACAUCAAUACUCUUGUUCUAGAAUUGAAUAUCAAAUAAGAUAAAUGUACCAUUAAGUUAAUAAAUGUGGAGUUAACUGUAUAUCAGCAUUUCAGCCACUCAUCAUCAAUAGUAUUACAUUAGUAAUUUAUGCAAUUAAAAAGCUUUGUAAAACUUCAGUUGUUUCUUGUUGUUAGAUGUUGGAACUUCAUUACUAUACAAUGUGUUUUUGCAAACUUUAACUUCUUUUUCUGAAUUGUUAAAUAAGAGAAUAACUAUCCUUAA